UUCCUUGGCUCCUCCCACUCACUUCCUGAUAACCCGGUAGCGUCUCCCGCUGGCGUCGGGGCUGGGGGGAGGCCUAGCAACCUUAGGCAACUUCCCAAAGAUGUGCGCAGGUUCGGGGCGGGGUGCGGCGCCCCGGAGGUGGCGGUCUCUGCGACAGCGGAAGUGUAAGAGUGGACCUGCAGGCCGGUCGCGAGGAGGUGGAGCGGGCGGCCCCCGCCGUGUGCCUGGGAUCGGCAUGCUGUGGCAGGAGGGCAGCCGCGUGUCAGGUGACCAGCGCCAUGUCCAGCCGGGUUUUGGGCAUUGAGCCUCUGUACGUCAUGGCAGAGCCGGCCAGGCCUGACAGUCCAGAGGGUUCCUCGGAGACGGAGACCCGAGCCUCCUGUGACCCUGGCCCCUGGUCCAGCUCCCACCCACUGCCUCCCAGGCCACAAGGAAGAGGAGGAUGGGGAGGGGGCUGGGCCUGGCGAGCAGGGCGGUGGGAAGCUGGUGCUCAGCUCCCUGCCCAAGCGCCUCUGCCUGGUCUGUGGGGAUGUGGCCUCCGGCUAUCACAACGGUGUGUCAUCCUGUGAGGACUGCAAAGCCUUCUUCAAGAGGACCAUCCAGGGAAGCAUCAAGUACAGCUGUCCGGCCUCCAACGAGUGUGAGAUCACCAAGCGGAGACGCAAGGCCUGUCAGGCCUGCCGCUUCACCAAGAGCCUGCGGGAGUGCGCCUGGACCGCGCCCCGGGUGCGCGGCAAAAAUACAAGCGGUGCCAGAGGUGGACCCGCUGCCCUUCCCGUGCCCCUUCCUAGCUGGGCCCCUGGCAGUCGCUGGAGGCCCCCGGAAGACAGGCCCAGUGAAUGCACUGGUGUCUCAUCUGCUGGUGGUUGAGCCUGAGAAGCUCUAUGCCAUGCCCGACCUCGUGGGCCCUGAUGGGCACCUUACAGCCGUGGCUACCCUCUGUGACCUCUUUGACUGAGAGAUCGUGGUCACCAUCAGCUGGGCCAAGAGCAUCCCAGGCUUCUCAUCGCUGUCGCUGUCUGACCAGAUGUCAGUACUGCAGAGCGUGUGGAUGGAGGUGCUGGUGCCGGCCUUGGCCCAGCGCUCACUGCCACUGCAGGAUGAGCUGGCCUUCGCUGAGGACUGAGUCCUGGAUGAAGAGGGGGCACAGGCAGCCGGCCUAGGGGAACGGGGGUUUGCCCUGCUGCAACUGGUGCGGCGGCUGCAGGCCCUGCGGCUGGAGCGAGGGGAGUACGUUCUACUGAAGGCCCUGGCCCUUGCCGAUUCAGACUCUGUGCACAUCGAAGAUGCCGAGGCUGUGGAGCAGCUGCCAGAAGCUCCGCACGAGGCCCUGCUGGAGUACGAAGCUGGCUGGGCUGGCACCGGAGGGGGUACUGAGCGGCGGCGACCAGGCAGGCUGCUGCUCACGCUACCGCUCCUCCUCCAGACAGCGGGCAAAGUGCUGGCCCAUUUCUAUGGGGUGAAGCUGGAGGGCAAGGUGCCCAUGCACAAGCUGUUCUUGGAGAUGCUCGAGGCCAUGAUGGACUGAGGCAAGGGAGUUGAAGUCGGUGAAGACAUUCAUGAUUUAAACACCAGAUCCUGAAAGGCAUUAAAUCUACUUUGAAAUGAAUCUGCAAUCAGUAUUUCAAAGCUUUUCUGACACAUCACCUUCACUUUGGGAUGUGGAAUUUGCUAAGCAGUUAGCCACAGUCAAUGAACAACCCCUUCAGAAUGGGUUUGAAGAGCUGAUCCCGUGGACAAAAGAGGGGAAACUGUGGGAGUCCCCCGUUAACAAUGAAGCAGGUUCAGGGGUACAUGUGCAAGUUUGUUACAUGGGUAACUUGAGUGUCAUGGGAGUUUGGUGUACAGAUAAUUUUGUCACCCAGGCCCUGCCAUUGUUGGGAACAGGGCUGGGCCCAACAGUCAUAUUGUGGGUCUUCUGGAGGCACCCAGGAUCAGCACACUGCAGUGAAGAGUACCACAUUCAGAGCCAGAAGCGCCAGGCUCCAGUGGGAGCUGCACUGAAACUCUUUGAGCCCGUUUCCUGGGCAGCCCAAGGCACAAGUACCACAUCAGCCCUGCCCGCCACAGGAGACUGUGGGCAAGCUGUCACCUGCAAACAAAUUAUCUUCCUACAUCCUUAUAAAGUAGUCUACACAUAUGCUAUAUUUUCCAGUUCCAGGAUUUUCAUUUGGUUCUUCUUUAAAGUUUCCAUCUUUUUGCUGAGAUUCUGCCAUUUAUUCACCCAUUCCAUCCUUUUCUGGAUAAUUUUAAAGACAUAUAUUGAAGAUGGUGGAGCCACAAUAUGGAAGGAGUCAAGGUCUCUAAAUGACCACAUAAGUGGAACUUUCUUCCUGACCAAUAUUUGACUGUGACAUGGACAAGAAAGUAAUCUUUGAUUACCAUGUUAAGCUUCUGAGAUUUUUUUUACAGCAGUUGGUGCUAUUUAUGCUAAUAAACGUGCUCAGAUAAUACCCUAAUUAGUGGCAAAAAUAUGACUAGAAACCCAUCUCCCAUUUCCUUUGAUGGUUAAAUAUAAUUCCAUUCAAAUAUAACUUUCAUAAUUAUUACAUUAAUACACUAGCUUACAAAACAGUUUAUAACAAUUAGGAGCAUGCUUAUGAAUGAAUGAAAACAAUGACUUAAUUAAUGGAAACACAGUGACUUACCUAGAGAUUGAAUGCCUUUUUGUUUAAGAAAGCUGUGCAAAGCAUUUGUAUUAAGAUUUAAUAUAAGUCCCAGUUCUGGUGUAAGUUUCCAGAAGCCAUCCUACAAAAUUAAGGAAACAAAUAUGUUAUGUUAUUCACAUUUUAUCACGUAAGAAGUUAUGUAGUGGGGGAAUGAGAGGGGCAAGGGUUGAAAAACGUAUGUUCACUACUUGGGCAACAAGAUAAUUAGAAGCCCAAACCUCAGCACCACACAGUAUGCCCAUGUAAUAAACCUGUACAUGUACCUCUGCAUCUAAAAUAAAAUUUUAACAAAUUAAAUGAAAAAA